AUGGACAGAGUAAAGGCCAGGACCUGGGACACAGAUGGAAACAGCUCCCCAGAGGAGCGAGGACAGCAGAUUGUGGUACUGGGCAGGGAGGACUGUGUGUCCUGCCCCACCCCCCAGAUCCUUUCCAUCUCUGGGGCUUACUGUGCUGGGGGCUGGGAUCACAAAACGGCGCCCUCGGCCCGGUGGGGGGCCGACCGGCCGUCGGGGGGCGCUGCGCUCGCCCUGCCCGGUGCUCCGCCCCUGAGCGGUGGGCGGUCGGCCCCGGCCCGGAGUGGCCGAGAGGGUGGGCCGGCCGAGGGGGCGGGCCCUGCAGCCUUUGUUGCUCGCAGACCGAGCGCAGCCGCCCGCCGGGCGGCAGUCCGGGCCCAGGACGCCGGGAGCUGCACGCGGGUCGGGCAUGUCCUGAGCCGGACCCGGGACCGGGCAGCGAACAGACGGGACGGACGAGAGCGUGUGCGAGGGGUCGCCCGGCGGCCGCCUGGCCCCGGCCAUGCCCUGCGGCCCGAGUCCCCGAAGCCCCGCGCCGCUGCUGCGCCCCUUCCUCCUGUUCCUCUCGGUCCUGGCGCCGGGCGCCCACGGAUCUGCACCAGGUGGGUGGCUGCCCCGCCCCGGCCGGCCGGCCCUGCCACCCCUCCCCGCUUCUCCAGCCUAGGUUCAGCCCCUUCUCACCUCUGCAGAUUCCGCUCCCGCCAGGCUCUGCCGGGAGGGGUCGCCCCCAACUCCCCUGGUAAUAGGGACGGGGUGGGCUUAGGGCAGCGAAACCGCGCCUUCAGGGAGCCUUCCCCAGCCCUCGACUCCACUACGCACCCUGCCCAUAGCCAGAAUAAGCCUCUUACACGCUCUUCGAGCUCCGCCCCCACCUUGGGUGCAGCAGAGCGCGUCUGUCUCUCCCGGGGGAUCUCUUCGUGUGAGCGACUGGACGGAGCGCGGCUUGCUCACGAUGGAUUCGGUUUCUCGCCCUCCUCAGCGUGCCUCAUCUGGAAAACAGGCUGGCCAGGGCGCUGCGGGCGGAGUCGCGGGGUCGCAGGUCUACGCGGUUCCCCGCCGAGCCCCGGCCCCCCGCCUCUAGGCAGCCUGCCCGGUCCUCAGGCUCCCCGGGCCAGGUCUUGCGCGGUCCUUGCACUUCCUGCCUCCCCCUCCCCCAAGUGUGAAGGCGCCGGGAGUGCAGCGCGGAGAAGGAGCUUCUUUCCCCGGCCCUGGGCUCGGCUCUCCCCGCCCAGCCCCGCCCGGCUGGCCUCCGACGAGCCUCUGGCCCGCGUCCAGAAUCAUGCUCCGUCCCGGUCCGCCGGGCCGCGGAGCUCCUGGAGCGUCCGGCCUGGGAAUUUAGGAUCGGAGGGUGUAGAGGAACCCCUGGCCUUGCGCUCUGGGAGCUCUUGGUCUCAAGGGCGCGGGUCGAAUAGUGGGAAGCGCUGUUCAGGGCACGCCGCCGAGGGCCGGGCGGCGGUGGACAUUGUGCACCCGGUGCGUGUGGAUUCGGGGGGCUCCUUCCUGUCCUAUGAGCUGUGGCCCCGCGCGCUGCGCAAGAGGGAUUUGUCCGCGCGCCCCAGCGCGCCCACCUUCUACGAGCUGCAGUACCGCGGCCGCGAGCUGCGUUUCAACUUGACCGCCAACCCACACCUGCUGGCGCCCGGCUUCGUGAGCGAGACGCGGCGGCGGGGCGGCCUGGGCCGCGCGCACAUCCGGGCCCGCGCCCCCGCCUGCCACCUGCUAGGUGAGGUGCAGGACCCCGAGCUCGAGGGCGGCCUGGCGGCCAUCAGCGCCUGCGACGGCCUGAAAGGUGUGUUCCAGCUCUCCAACGAGGACUACUUCAUUGAGCCCCUGGAUGGUGUCCCUGCCCGGCCUGGCCACGCCCAGCCCCACGUGGUAUACAAGCGCCAAGCUCCCGAGAAGUGGGCAGAGCCGGGGGACUCCAGGGCUCCAGGCACCUGUGGGGUGAAAGAGUUUCCAGAGCUGGAGCCGCAGCGGGAGCGCUGGGAACAGCGGCAGCAGUGGCGGCGGCAGCUGAGGCGUCGACACCGGCGCUCGGUCAGCAAAGAGAAGUGGGUGGAGACCCUGGUGGUAGCUGACGCCAAAAUGGUGGAGUACCACGGGCAGCCGAAUGUCGAGAGCUACGUGCUGACCGUCAUGAACAUGGUGGCUGGCCUGUUUCAUGACCCCAGCAUCGGGAACCCCAUCCACAUCACCAUCGUGCGCCUGAUCCUGCUGGAAGAUGAGGAGGAGGACCUGAAGAUCACUCAUCACGCAGACAACACCCUGAGGAGCUUCUGCAAGUGGCAGAAAAGCAUCAACAUGAAGGGGGAUGCCCACCCGCUGCACCACGACACUGCCAUUCUGCUCACCAGGAAGGACCUGUGUGCGGCCGUGAACCAGCCCUGCGAGACCCUGGGCCUGUCCCAUGUGGCAGGCAUGUGCCAGCCACACCGCAGCUGCAGCAUCAACGAGGACACGGGCCUGCCCUUGGCCUUCACCGUGGCCCACGAGCUCGGGCACAGUUUUGGCAUUCAGCAUGACGGAAGCGGCAAUGACUGUGAGCCCGUUGGGAAACGGCCUUUCAUCAUGUCUCCACAGCUCCUGUACGACGCCGCGCCGCUCACCUGGUCCCGCUGCAGCCGCGAGUACAUCACCAGGUUCCUCGACCGUGGGUGGGGCCUGUGCCUGGAUGACUCUCCCACCAAGGAUGUCAUCGACUUCCCUUCCAUACCGCCUGGCGUCCUCUACGAUGUGGGCCACCAGUGCCGCCUCCAGUACGGGGCCUACUCUGCCUUCUGCGAUGACAUGGACAACGUCUGCCACACACUCUGGUGCUCCGUGGGGACCACCUGUCACUCCAAGCUGGAUGCAGCUGUGGACGGUACCAGCUGUGGGGAGAGCAAGUGGUGUCUGAAUGGGGAGUGUGUUCCCAUGGGCUUCCGACCUGAGGCCGUGGAUGGUGGCUGGUCUGGCUGGAGCGCCUGGUCCCUCUGCUCGCGGAGCUGUGGCAUGGGCGUGCAGAGCGCCGAGCGGCAGUGCACGCAGCCUGCGCCCAAAUACAAGGGCAAAUACUGCGUGGGUGAGCGGAAGCGCUUCCGCCUGUGCAGCCUGCAGGCCUGCCCCGCCGGCCGCCCCUCCUUCCGCCAAGUCCAGUGCAGCCGCUUUGACGCCAUGCUCUACAAGGGCCAGCUUCACACGUGGGUGCCUGUGGUCAAUGACGUGAACCCCUGUGAGCUGCACUGCCGGCCCUCGAACGAGUACUUUGCUGAGAAGCUGCGGGACGCUGUGGUGGACGGCACCCCCUGCUACCAGGGCCAGGCCAGCCGUGACCUCUGCAUCAAUGGGAUCUGCAAGAAUGUGGGCUGUGACUUCGAGAUCGACUCGGGUGCCGUCGAGGACCGCUGCGGCGUGUGCCAUGGCAACGGCUCCACCUGUCACACCGUGAGCGGGACCUUCGAGGAGGCUGAGGGCCUGGGGUAUGUGGACGUGGGGUUGAUCCCGGUGGGCGCCCGCGAGAUCCGCAUCGUGGAGGUGGCGGAGGCCGCCAACUUCCUGGCCCUGCGCAGCGAGGACCCGGAUAAGUACUUCCUCAAUGGCGGGUGGACCAUCCAGUGGAAUGGGGACUAUGAGGUGGCAGGCACCACCUUCACGUACGCCCGCACAGGCAACUGGGAGAACCUCACAUCCCCUGGCCCCACCGACGAGCCAGUCUGGAUCCAGCUCCUGUUCCAGGAGAGCAACCCCGGGGUGCGCUACGAGUACAUCAUCCACAGGGAGGCGGACGGCCACGACCACAUCCAACCACCUGAGUUCUCCUGGCGCUACGGACCCUGGUCCAAGUGCACAGUCACCUGUGGAACAGGCAUGCAGAGGCAGAGCGUGCACUGCACGGAGCGGCAGGCAGGGCCUGUAGACGAGAGGCACUGUGACCCCCUGGACCGGCCAGAUGACCGUCAGAGGAAGUGCAGCGAGGAGCCCUGCCCCGCCCGGUGGUGGGCAGGUGAGUGGCAGCUCUGCUCCAGCUCCUGCGGGCCUGGAGGCCUCUCCCGCAGAGCCGUGAUCUGCAUCCGCAGCGUGGGGCUGGAUGAGCAGCGCGCCCUGGAGCCGCCUGCCUGCGAGCACCUGCCCCGGCCCCCUGCCGAAACGGCCUGCAACCGUGAUGUGCCCUGUCCGGCCACCUGGGCUGUGGGCAACUGGUCUGAGUGCUCAGUGACGUGCGGGCCAGGCACUCAGCGCCGGAGCAUCCUCUGUACCAAUGACACCGGGAUCCCCUGCGACGAGGCCCAGCAGCCAGCACGCGAGGCCGCCUGCCUCCUGCCACCCUGCCCCCCGGCCCUGGACACUCUGGGCCCUGAGGGCUCAGGCAGCGGCUCCUUCAGCCCUGAGCUCUUCAAUGAGGUGGACUUCAUUCCCGGCCACCUGGCCCCGCGCCCUCCGCCGCCCUCAUCACCCAAGCCAGCCAGCAUGGGCAAUGCCAUCCAGGAGGAGGGCCAUGAGCUGGGCCUGCCGGGGCCCGUGUUCGUCGACGACUUCUACUACGACUACAAUUUCAUUAACUUCCAUGAGGACCUGUCCUAUGGGCCCUUCGAAGACCCUGACUCAGACCCGGUGGGCACAGGGGGUUGGAGACCCCCACCCCCAAGCACUGCUGCUGAGCCCCCCACGGGGACCCCCGUUCCUCCCACAGAGCCUCCUGGGACUCGGGAUGAGGGGGCACUGGGAGAUGGGUCCCCUGCCCCUUGGCCCAGCCAGGCUGGCCGUUCCUCACCCCCACCCUCGGAGCAGACCCCUGGGAACUCCCUGGUCAAUUUCCUACCUGAGGAAGAUGCCCCUAUUGGCGCCCCAGACCUUGGGCUCCCCAGCUUGCCUUGGCCCCCCACUUCUGUCAGCAUGGAGACGCCUGCUGCCCCUGAGAGCCAGAACCAGGUCCUGGGAGCGGAGGACAGCCAGAGCUUGCCGCCCCCUCCCCAGUGGGAGAGGACCAAUGAGGUUUCUGAUGAUGAGGAAGCCUUAGGCCGCGGAGCCUCUCACCUGCCCCAAAGACCCAGCCCCAAGUCACCCUCUCUCUCCUCUUUUGGUACUACCCACUCCUCUCCUAGUCCCCGCACAGUAGAGCUGUGGACGAGUGGGACUGUGGCCUGGGAACCAGCUCUUGAGGGUGGCCUGGGGUCUCUGGACAGUGAGCUGUGGCCCACCAUGGGGGGCGCCCCUCCCAUUCCAACUCCCACCGCCACCCUGCCAGACACUCAGGGUACGGAGAGCCCCCUGGAGCCGGGGACUGCCACACUUUCAACCCCAGGACCAGCUCUGCAGGACCUGCAGACCUUGGCGAUGCCAGGAACCUUCCUUCUCAUGGCCCCCACUGGGCUGGGGCACAUGUCUUGGGUCACUCCCCAGAGCCUGGGCCCCUUGGGCCAGGCUGAGCCCCCCAGCUCCAAGAUGCCCCCAAGCCCUGGGCUGCUGUCCACACCAGCUCAGGACAGUCCAGCCAACAGCAGCAGAGCCCCUGGGCCUCUGGACCCCAGCCUGGUCGAGGAGGCGUUCCCCGUGGACCUGCUGCCUGCCAGGAAUGCCAGCUGGGAAGUGGGGAACUGGAGCCAGUGCUCCACCACCUGCGGCCUGGGGGCUGUCUGGAGACUCGUGCGCUGCAGCUCUGGCCAGGAGGAGGACUGCGCCCCCGCUGGCCGACCCCAGCCCGCCCGCCGCUGCCACCUGCGGCCCUGUGCUGCCUGGCACACGGGCAACUGGAGUAAGUGUUCCCGCAGCUGUGGCGGGGGCUCCUCCACACGGGACGUGCAGUGUGUGGACACACGGGACCUCCAGCCCCUGCGGCCCUUCCACUGCCAACCGGGGCCCGCCAAGCCGCCCGCCCGCCGGCCCUGCGGGGCCCAACCCUGCCUCAGCUGGUACACCUCUUCCUGGAGGGAGUGCUCCGAGGCCUGCGGCGGUGGUGAGCAGCAGCGUCUCGUGACUUGCCCGGAGCCAGGCCUCUGCGAGGAGGCGCUGAGACCCAACAGCACGCGGUCCUGCAACACCCACCCCUGCACGCAGUGGGUGGUGGGGCCCUGGGGCCAGUGCUCAGCCCCCUGUGGCGGCGGUGUUCAGCGGCGCCUGGUCAAGUGCGUCAACACGCAGACUGGGCUGCCCGAGGAAGACAGCGAUCUGUGCGGCCACGAGGCCUGGCCUGAGAGCUCGCGGCCGUGCGGCACUCAGGACUGUGAGCUCACCGAGCCGCCACGUGAGUGCCCCACCUGGCUGUCUGCCUGGGGGCGGGGUGGAUGGUGGGGAGAUGGGACUCAUGGAACUGUCCCCCCAAAGCACAGGCUGACGGAUGGGGUGCCACACAGAGGCUGGGGCAGUGCUGGGGUCAGAGCAAGGGGCGUCCAGCCCUGCAGGCAGCUCCUAGCUUAGGGAGGAGUAGCAGCAGCCUGGCCCCCAGCGAGCUCCUUUUCCCUCUGGGUCUCAGUUACCCCCUCUUCCUGGAGUGAGGCCAGGGAUGUCCCUGAGACUGUGGGGCCCAGGCCUGGGGGAAGCCCCCGCCCCAGUUCUGGCCAGAGCAAGCUGUGUGACCCUGGGAAAGGACCUCCCUCCUAGGGCCCUGCUCCCAGCAGCUGGUGGCUUCCUGGCCAGCUGGGUCCUCCUGGAGAAAGAGCCUGAGCCAGAGACACGCACAUAUACACACUUGCGCGCGCGCACACACACUUCCUUCCUGCAGCCCAGCC